GUUAUUAAAUCUCUGAGAGGUGAAGAAGAAGCACUGGGAAUUGAUUUUAGUUUGAACGCCGGGGCGCGCAUCCUUUAGAGGGGAUGGACAGCCGGACAGAGGUCGGCCCCCUCCCUUCGGAGGAGGGGAGCUCAGAUUCGACCUGGAGACGGGGGGGCGCGACGCCUGCUCGUGCCCCAAGCAUCUGAUGCUGCUGGAGGACAAGGAGAACUACGGCGCGUAUCCGGCCUGUGGGCCAGACCAUUUCACGUGCGCGGCCCCAGUGGCGGGGAAUAGUGACAUGAACAAGGACAGCACACCCGCCUCCUGGCGCUGUGAAGCCCAUAAGGACUACAAGGACAAGUCGGAUGAAGUGGGAUGUCCCACAUGUCGGGUGGAUCAGUUCAGCUGCCAGUCGAGUGCAUCGACAAGGCUCUGGUCUGGGAUGGCACCACGAUGUGGCCACGAUGAGGUCGACUGCUGCAAGUGGCCAGGAGACUUUCAGUGUCCCAUCAACAAGCUUUGCAUAUCGGCCACCCUGCUCUGCGAUGGCUGGGAACUGUGCUGAUGGUGCAGACGAUUUUCCCGAUAUUUUUUUUUCAUGGCUGCGCAUGUCCCUGCCUCGGAUAUUCUCGCGCACCGAGCCAAAGAAUCGAGCUCUAAGCAGUAAGAAUAGUCAAAAAUAAUUGAAAAUCUUCAUAUGAAAUAAACGAAAUAGGGUAUAUGUAUGUACAUAGGCCUAUACUACGGCUUACACACAACAUGUACCAGCAUCAUUGCGACUGUUUUUGUUGAACUAUUUUGUUUAAACCUUGUUUUAGUCAAAAUACAAUAAAGCAAGGAUUUAGAAUAAGACAGUCAAUUAGAAAAUA